AUGGUCUCUGACUCGCCUCGUUCUUGGAGCUCUUGGCUUCCUCUCGCGGAAUGGUGGUAUAACACAACCUAUCACUCGGCUAUUCACAGUACACCGUUCGAGAUCGUCUACGGUCAGCCUCCGCCAAUACACAUGCCUUACUUGCCUGGAGAAAGUUCAUCACAAGCUAUUGACCGAACGCUUCAGAAACGGGAAGCACUCAUUGAUAUGAUGAAGUUCCACCUCUUGCGGGCUCAAAAUCGAAUGAAACAGUACGCUGAUUCUCAUCGUUCUGAUCGUGAGUUCUCUUUUGGUGACUAUGUGUACUUGAAACUUCAACCAUAUCGUCAACAUUCGCUGAAGGGUCGUAACUUGCCUCACAAGCUUUCACCACGUUACUACGGUCCGUUUCGCGUACAAGACAGAGUUGGUUCGCGGGCUUACAAGCUUGAACUACCACCAACUACUUCCAUACAUAAUGUGUUCCAUGUGAGUCAACUGAAACUGUGUCCCAACCCGCCAGCUUCAACUUCAAUGCCUCCUCUGCCACAAUACCUCAACGACAUUGGUUCAAGUAGAGAACCUGAACUCAUAUUGGAAAAGAAAAUGGUCAAUCGGCAAAAUAAACCAGUGACCAAGAUUCUCGUCCAGUGGAAAGGUUCUACUCCUCAACAGGCGACUUGGGAGUUCUACCAAGACUUCAUUGCGCAAUAUCCUGAUUUUCAUUCCUCCUCCGGCAAUCCGGCAAUGCCUGCAUAUGAUGAUGGUUUAGAUAACGAGUGGAAGGGUUUCACGGUUUUCCCCGAAGUAAACUCUAGCCCUAACCCUAACUAUAGUUUCAAUUUCUUGGUAAAGAAGGCAACCGUGGAGAGUGAGAAAUCAACCGGUUCUAUUUCCUCCCGUUCUUCGGCAAAAGAGGAUAGCUUCAGAAUGGUGUUGCCACCGGCCAUGCCUCCGCCUAGGGACUCAACCUUUCCGCUUCCUAUGUUCCCUGAGCCGACGAGAACUCGGAAGAAACUUAGCCACCAAGAAUCCUUUCUUUUUAUGACAAAAUCUCUCUACUCGAAGAAAAUCUUUUACAAGGAAGAAGAUUUCAAGUGUAACGCCUUCUGCUUGUCUCUACCUGGACUCGGGAAACACAAGCCAGUUAGAUCUUCAAAACGCAAAGACUCGAUGGAAAAGAAGAAGAUGAUCACAGCGUCUUCCUUUACCUCGGUCGAGAAAUACGAAUGGUCCCAUUCUUGGACAUCGACUACGUCUCUGACGCAAGAUAAUGGUCGGUCGUAUUUUGAUUUACCGGUGGAGUUGUUGAAGUGCUGCAGCCGUGGAGGCGGAAAAGGAGGAAGAUAUAUGCAAGAACCGGCGACUUCUAGUUUCUCGUUCGAUAGAGAAACAGAGAUUAUGGCUGUGACAAGCGUUUUAAAGACGAGGAGCUCACGGUUCGCAAAGUGAUCAUUGCUAAGCCGUGUGAGAUUUUAAACUUUUUCUUCACCGUCGGUUUCAUGCCCUCGUGCUACGUCGCCGCGAUCUGAUACCCCCCCACGCUUGCGUAAGGCUAGGGAUGACUUUAACACCUUGUCUGCUCAAAACGCUUGA